AUGGCACUUGGCGCACUACUUCUGGCAGCUCUCGUCCCUCUGGGACUUGAUUCCCUCUCGAGGACCGCGGCGGCAAGAACGCUGCCAGAUCAGGCUCAGAUCAUAGACCAGAAAUCAUUCGCCGUGCUAGAGACCGUGCCGCCACCGUCGGAAGCCAAUGCAACCACCACUUUCCUUUGGCCAGGAGUCACUGAAGACUCGCUCACCGCCAAGCCAUUCCACAUCUACGAUGAUGAGUUUUACGACAUUAUUGGCGAGAACCCGACAUUGACCUUGAUUGCCGAGACCGAGUCCGACCCUGUCUUCCACGAGGCCGUGGUUUGGUACCCUCCCACUGACGAGGUCUUCUUCGUUCAGAAUGCCGGAGCUCCGGCCGCGGGCACCGGACUGAACAAGUCUUCGAUUAUCGAGAAGAUUUCUCUCGCCGAUGCCGCCGCAGUGGCCAAUGGCACCGCUCCUGGAAACAUCACCGUUACCACCGUACCGUCAAACCCACAGGUCAUUAACCCCAAUGGCGGAACGAACUACAAGGGAAACAUCAUCUUCGCUGGCGAGGGCCAGGGAGAUGACGUUGCUCCGGCAUUGUUCCUCAUGAACCCCGUCGAGCCCUACAACACCACUGUCCUCGUGAACAACUACUUCGGCAGACAGUUCAACGCCCUCAACGAUGUUGGAGUCAACCCCCGAAACAAGGACAUUUACUUCACCGACCCUACCUAUGGCUACGUCCAGGACUUUAGGCCAGUACCGGGCUUGCCCAACCAGGUCUACCGUUUCAACGCGACAACUGGCGCUGUGACUACCGUUGCCGAUGGCUUCAUCAUGCCAAACGGUUUGACAUUUUCGCCAUCAGGCGAGCAUGUGUACAUUGCCGAUACCGGUGCCAACAUGGGCUUCUUUGGCUGGAACUUCAGCAAUCCUUCUACCAUCUACCGCUUCGACGUGGAAGAGGACGGCACCUUCACAAACCGCAUGACAUUUGCAUACGUGACGGCGGGCGUACCGGACGGUGUGCACUGCGACAGCAACGGCAACGUGUACGCUGGCUGCGGCGAUGGCGUGCACGUCUGGAACCCCUCGGCCACUCUGAUUGGUAAGAUCUACCUGGGCACCACGACGGCCAACUUUCAGUUUGCCGGCGAUGGCCGCAUGGUCAUUGCCGCCGAGACCAAGCUGUUCUACGUUACCUUGGCUGCCAAGGGCGUGGCGCUUGAGUAA